UAUGCCAUUGUUUUUUGUGUAUAUCUCUUUCGGCAAAAUCUCACGUACCCUAUUAUUAACAAUCAGUGCUUAGUUAUAGCAUUGGAAUGAUAUCCUCUAGAUUGAAAACAACUGAGCUUCUUACUAGCAUCUGAAACCAAUCUGAAACCAUCUUGAAAAAUAUGGCGCUCCUGAAAAGGAAUUUCUUCAUCGUAAUAACCAUCUCUGUCAACUUCUUGAUUGGUUCCGGCGUGGUGACCGUCCAGGGACUUGGCGUCGAAAGAGAGGACGAAGUCGACAAUGCAUAUAGUGAUGGCGAUACCCUGAAUGUUUAUGUGAUACCCCAUAGUCACAUGGACGUUGGAUGGGUUUACACAGUCAAGGAGAGUAUGCACGCUUAUGCCGCCAAUGUCUACACCACAGUGAUAGCUGAACUUGGUCGCAACCCUGCCCGCCGAUUUAUUGCUGUAGAACAGGAGUUCUUCAGGCUCUGGUGGGAUGGCGUAGCCACAGAAAAACAAAAGAGUCAAACUCGAAAGUUUGUUUCAAAUGGACAGUUGGAGUUUAUCAUUGGUGGUCAGGUGAUGCACGAUGAAGCAGUAACUGAACUUAGCGCCAUUAUACAACAAAUGACAGAAGGACACGCCUUUAUCUACGAGACGUUUGGUGUUCGGCCCCGGUUCGGUUGGCAUGUUGAUCCAUUCGGCGCAACGGCGGCCACGCCCACUCUCUUUGCACUGAUGGGGUUUAAUGCCCAUCUGACGUCACGAAUAAAUUAUGAUCAGAAAGCCGCCAUGAUGAAGGCAAAGGGACUCCAGUUUGUAUGGCAAGCCUCCCCAUCUCUGGGCUCAUCACAGAGCAUGUUCACACACGUCAUGGAUACGUAUAGCUACUGUGCUCCCAUGGAGCAUCCGCCAUUUUCAAACAGAUCUGCAUAUAUGUGGAAUGGCGUAGCCAAGUUCCCAGAUCCGCCAGCCGACGGUAUCUACCCCAACAUGAGCGACCCAGUGACGACACAAAACAUGGGACAGUAUGCGGACUUCAUGGUGGCCAACAUUCGGAAACGAGCUGCGUGGUUCAAGACCCCGCAUCUACUCUGGCCAUGGGGAUGUGAUAAGCAGUUCUUCAAUGCCACCGACCAGUAUGAAAAUAUGGAACGUCUUCUAGUGCAUAUAAACCAACAGCGAUCUAAAUACAAUAUCAAAAUCCGACAGGCGACACUCGGGCAGUUCUUCACCGCCCUUCACAACAGUGACACUACGUGGGACGUCAAGAACAGUGGAGAUUUUAUCCCUUAUUCGACCGCACGCGAGGAAGCUUGGACCGGAUUCUACACCUCACGUAUUGAGCUGAAGGGGAUAGCCCGGGCGAGCCAGGCUACUCUAAGAGCUGGAGAGACCCUCUUCUCUCUGUAUACCCAUCUCUUUAACAUCUCAAGGACCAUUAAUACCACCAGCGCACUGGAGAAGAUCAAGAAGCUAAGAUGGGCUACUGCCGAGGUGCAACAUCACGACGGCGUCACGGGAACAGAAGCCCCUGUGGUGCGUGACAUGUAUAUCAGUCACCUACGUGACGGCAGUCAAGCUACCAUAAGUGUGCUGACGGAUAUACUUAAUGAAUUGACGCAAGUUAACGCAAGGGAGACGGAACACCACAACGAAAGAUAUAAUGUACUCGGGUUAAAAUCAGAAAUUAGUGAAGGCAAGAGCACUCUAACCUACGCGGUCUACAACUCUCUCGGAUGGACCGUUCGACGCCUAGUACGAAUUGAAGUUAACUCGCCCAAUGUGACGGUCCUUGACGCACGGGGUCAACCCGUCAUUAGCCAGGUAAAUCCGCCGUCGAAUGGGAGUCAACUGUACCAACUUUACUUCUUUGCAACCAUUCCACCUAUCGGCUACCAAAUAUUCGUCCUUUUAUUUAUCAACGAAAACCAACGUCUUUUACAAAGCCAGUGUCCCACUGUGAGAAGUUACGGUGCCGCCACCGAGGAUGCGGGAGGCAUGGAUGAAGGAGAAGGGCGCGGUGAUUCAGAAGGAGAUGAAAUAUCGAUCGAGAAUGAAUGCUACAAAAUAUCUUUUGACCGUUCCACGAAUGCACUGUCGUCGAUAACAAACAAACAAAACGGCAAGACCACUACAAUGAGCGCGGGAUUCCUGGAGUACCAUGUCUUCCACGACGUAUUGUACGGCCAAACGUCCAACAACUACGUAUUCAGACCCUACGGACCUGCCACGGUAAUCGGCAGCGUCAGGACUCAACUUAAUGUCAGCACGGGUGUCCUCGUAAACGAGACAACACAACAUUUCUAUGGGCUGUUCGAUGUGGAAAGUCGCUAUUCAGUGACCAUGCGAUUGAUCAACGAUGCAAGUGGACAUCCUGAUAAGCUGUCGUGCAGCCAUAUUGAAGUGGACUUCAAAGUUGGUCCUCUUUCUAUGAACAAGGAACUCGUUUACAGGUUUUCUACAUUGCUAAAGUCUAAUGGUAAUCUGUACGCUGAUGUUAAUGCCUUCCAAACUAUGAAUAGGUCUAGGCGCCACGGUGCAACCAUUGCACAGAACUUCUACCCAAUGGUAAGCUCGGCCUACAUAGAGGAUGCUUCCAACGAUGAGAGAUUGAUGCUGCUCUCUGAGAGGAGCCAUGGAGUCAGCAGUCAGAGUGAUGGAGAUAUCGAGGUCAUGUUGCAUCGCAGAGUAGUCAACAACGAGUUCGAGACCCACAAUUACAACCUCACCUUGGAGGAACCUUCUGUAGCAACAUCCACGUUCUGGCUGUUGCUAGGCAACGCAUCCACGACAUCGGAGCUUCGUCAUCGCAGCUGGCUUCAGCUCGAGAACCCACCGGUCGCUGUACAGCUCGGGUCAGGAUGGUCGUCUGUGAAGGAAGUAAACUGGUCAGCCUUGCAAUCCCGGAGGUUUCAUUCUGCUAUAGCAAAUGUGUUACCAAAGAACAUUCAUCUUCUCACCUUCAAAACACCAGGCUGGAAUUACAACGUCUCUGCCAAAACCAGUCAAUCUACGGGAGGAUCCCCACUCAAUCUUAGCCGAAUUCUGCUGCGGCUCCAGCACCUGUACGAAGUAGGUGAACACCCCAUACUGUCCAGGAACGUCACCGUAGAUCUUCAAAUGAUUUUAUCACCAUUGGGGAUGAUAAAGACAGUGGAUGAGCGUAGCCUGACGGGUAUCUGGAACAUCACUCAGAUGAACAGGUGGAAGUGGAGAAGAGCAGAUGAAGGUCGGUCUCAAUCACCUGACAUGUCGAUCAGCAACACGAUUACCCACGCAGAACCAACAACAACACUAACCACAACCACAGAACCAACCACAACCACAGCGCCAGCGCCAACAACAACUGCCACACCACCUAGCUUUACCUACACACUACAACCACAGGAAAUUAAGACCUUCUUUGUCAUCAUGAAUGCACCGACCGAGUAAUGAGAAUGCCUCGACCAUUUUCGGAUUUCUCAGCACAACAUGUAUGUCAUGAAGAAAAAAGAUGCAGAUAACUUCAUGAUUUGUGCAUGUAACGAGAGUACAUGUCUGUCAUGAGACCAACAACCCUUUCCCCAUUUAUAAGGGGGGUAACCAAAAAAUGCUGACAAGAGACCCCCCAAAAGAAAAAGGGGAGUUUCGAUCAUUAUAAGGAUUUCUGAAUAUUAGGAAAUAUUGACCGAAAUAUUUUUUUUUAAAUAAAAUUUAUAUAAAAUUCCUUUCAUAUAUUCAUACUUUCCUUUUCAUGCAUUGUGACCCCCUUUUCCUUUUUAGCAACCGACCUCAAAGGGCCCUCAUAGAAAUAGGAGGAGGGGGAGGGGGACAUUGCAUUUGUAGAAUGUAUUUUCUAAAAAUGUAAUGAAACUUUACUAAUCAUUGGAAUACUUAUUUUAGAGGAAUAGUCAUGGGACAUGGCUAUUACCACCUUUUCUCAUCCCACAUUUCAAAUUACAUCAAAUUAUAAGGGAGGUAUCUUUAUUAUGUAGUACAGUAGCUGUAUGAUAAGCUCAUUCUCCCAAUAUAAUUCAAUGCACAUAAUAAUCCUGUCUAUACAUGUAGGCCUAUCUGUUUUAUGGAAUGUAACAACAAAUAUAUAUAUAUAUAUAUAUAUAAGUACAUGCAUGAUGAAUAAAUGAAACUAAAGCAAGCAGCCAUUUAACAAAAACAGAAUGGACUUCUGUCCAUAAUUUAUUACUUCAGUAUUUGCACCACUUUCUGUGCAAUAGUUUAACAUUCCAUACAAAUGCAAGAAGCAUAAGCCUUAAGGGCCCGAAUUCACAAAGGAGGUUUGUCGACAAACCUCCUUUUGUUAUUUACAAACCAGGUUUGUAAACAACGUGUCAAAACGCAUCAUAUGACGUACAUAAACCUUGGUUUGUUGACAAACAUCCUUUGUAAAUUCGGGCCAAUAUGUCGCUACUUAAUUGACAUACUAAAUUUUCAAUUUUACCCUACUGCUUUUAUUUCUUCAUGAAAAUCAGAAAGCAUUCAGCAAUACAUUAAACAAAUUAUAGAUAUGUGACUUACUGUGCACAUAUUAACUUACCUAACACCAAUUAUACAAUGAAACGUGAAGCAUUUGUUCCUUAUGUGCUUAGUUUAGUAUAUCCAUAUUACAUAUAUUAAAGAAAAUGUCUGCAGAGUGUAUAAUAGGUGCCCAAGAAAACUUUUGUAAUUUUAUAUAUGCAUCAAAAUAAAAUUGCAAAACCAACAUGUUUUACUGACUGUAGUGAUGUGAUAAGCCAAUAAAUAAUUGUCUUCUUAGAUGUAGAUGAACGACUUAUAUUCUGUAUGGGCAGGUUGACUGCAAUUUUCUCUUUGGCUAUGACCUAGGGGCCGUUUCACAAACUUGUUAUUAGUGACAAAAUGACAGUUGUUGUUAAUAUAAGCUGCUGAAAUCGUUGCUUCUGAUUGGUUAUCAGCAGAUUUAUCACUGAUAUUUGUCA